AUGCAGCGGCGCAACUCGGUGGCCGCGACUUGCGUGUACGCGGAUGUCAAGACGACGCCCAACACGAGCAUCCUUGCCGCUGACGCCAACUGCGCCGGCGCGCCAGCCAGCGUCUGCUACGUCAACACCAACUGCGUCCAGGCACCCGUCUCGGCCAACCUCACCAACGACCUGGUCGAGUUUCACCACAUUGCUGCGCUCGGCGACCUCUCGCGCUUCAAGCCCUCGACACUGUCGAUCGUCGAGUCCGAUGCGACCAUCAAUUUGGCCCAUUUUGUGCCGCCGCCGGCCAUGACCAGUCUAAUCAUCACGUCGGUCGCGGGCAUCGAUCUCGCAAGCGCCAAGACGUCGCUACCCGCCAAAGUCGAUUUUGUCAACUUCCGCGACGCCCAUCUCUCGGCGUUGCCUCCUUUGUGGACGUGGCCAGCUUCGCUUCUCUCCGUGAUUCUGGACGAAAAUGAAAUCAGGACCUUCCCCACGCCGUUGCCCCCUAACCUCAAGCGGCUGUCGAUCCAGUGGAACAAUGUGACGACGAUGCCAGCGCUGCCGCCGACCGUGGCGUUUGUCAACAUGUAUGGCAACAAUGUGAGCACGCUCUCCAACCUCGACCUCUCGAGCGUCACGUACCUCUCGCUGGGGCGUAACCCGCUUCGGACCAUCUCGAACGUCUUAUUCUCGACCAACAUGACAUUCUUCGACUGCGCAGGGUGUCCACUGACCAACGUGACGCUCAGCGAAGACGCGUACAACGCGCUCAACAAGCUGAAGGCGUGGGACCGCAACCCGAACGUUUAUGACGGCUUUAACUUUGACACGGACGCCACGGUCGACGCUGCGGCGUGCACGCGCCAGGGUGGGUCGGUCAAGUACCUCUGGGCGGGUCGCACCAGCAACACGAUUCAGGCCUGCGUUUUGCCUUCUUCUGUGCUGCCGACGACGACGCCAACAACAAUUCCGACACCGUUGCCAACAGACGCCAGCGCUGUAUCGGCUUCGUCCACCCCUGUCGGUGCGAUCGUCGGUGGUGUCCUUGGCGGCGUUGCCGUGCUCGGCCUGCUCUUCUGUUGUCUCUUCUGGCGCAAGCGCCGAUCGGACAAGUCCAAAACCAACUCCAACAUGGCACCAACCAACGACACGUCGUAUCAGCCCGUGGACGACGAGGACGUCGACUUGUCGACGCUGCGUCUGGUGCGCCUCGAGCUUCGCGAGCUCAGUGUCUCGAGUGCCCGUCCAUUGGCAGCCGGCGCGUACGGUGAAGUGUGGGCCGGUGUCUACGGCGGUGAGGCCGUCGCGAUCAAGCGGCUCAAAGACAAGUCCGCACCAAGCACGCAGCAAUUUAUUGACGAGAUUCUUCUCCUCGCCAAGAUGGAGUCGCCCUAUAUCGUCAAGCUUGUGGGCGCGAGCUGGCGCCGGCUCUCGGACCUCGAGUGCGUAGUUGAGUUUAUGGACCUCGGCGACCUUCGGAGCUACUUGACCAAGACGCCGGCCGAGAUUUACCCAUGGCACGAGAAGGUCGAGUGUCUUCUUAGCAUCGCGCUCGGGCUUGUGUACUUGCACACGUUUGAGCCCCGCAUCAUCCAUCGCGACCUCAAGUCCCGCAACGUCCUUUUGGACUCGAACAAGGGCACCAAAUUAACGGACUUUGGCUCGUCGCGCGAGAUUGACGAGUCGACGCUGACCAACGGCGUCGGAACGUACCAGUGGAUGGCGCCCGAGAUCAUCAACGGCGACCCGUACACGGAAUUGAUCGAUCUCUACGCCUUUGGCGUCAUUUUGACGGAAAUGUCGACGCACCGCGUGCCCUACGGCAACUUGGUCAACCCGAAUACGGGCCACGCCUACUCGCAGCAGUUCAUUCUGACCAACGUAGCGUCUGGCAAGCUCACGCCCGCCUUGGACGAAGCAAGUCCAGAGUGGGUACAUGAGAUCGCAUCGCGCUGUCUCUCGACGAGCCCCGCCGAUCGACCGACCGCCAUGCAGCUCGUGCAGCUGCUGCGGCAAUGCUUGCCUCUUGUCUAG